AUGGAGGUCAGCGUGAGGGCUGCUCUGGGACUCUCGCUCACAGGCAUGUCUGGCCUCAGCCUGGUGUCCCCUGCCUGGUUCCAGAGCCCUUCCUUCUCCUAUGGUGUCUUCAUGCACUGCUCCUGGUCACAGAAUAACCACUGGAACCAGAGCUGUAUGACUUUCGGGUCCCUGAAGGACAUGCCUGGCUUGGCCUGGAAGGUCUCUGCGGCAACGCUCCUGGGAGGCUGGGUCCUGCUGGCCAUUAGUGCUCUUCUUCUUUUGGCCUGGGCACUGGCCUCGAGAAGAUUAUAUCCCAGGAGGGGCUCUGGUCCAACACCUGUGGUGCAGGCAGCAGCAACAGCCUCCACUCUUGUAGGCCUGCUGGUUUUUCCAGUCACUCUGGCUUCCCCAUUAGCCAAAGAAGUCUGUGAAGGCUCCUCCGUGUACUACAGUGGAACAUGCCAGCUGAGCUGGGGCUAUGCCACUGCCAUUCUCAAUGCGGUCCUGACCAGCCUGCUUGUUGUCAUUGGAUGGCCUCAGAUGACCACAAGCCAGAGGACAGCCAUCCCCACCCCUCGUGACACUCAGGGAAUCACCCUUGUGUCAGAAUAAACAAAUGAGCAUCACCCAGGAAAGCAAAGGACAAACAAGAAUAAUCUAUUCUACCGUUGUGGGAAUUCUUUAGCCAAUAGCCUUUUGGGUACUGGCCCAUUAGGGCGUGGCCUGAGGUACUACAUGUGGACUGAUAAACCCAGAGAGGAAGCUGCAGUCUUAGUUCCUGUAUGCAGCUCCUAGCACUGACAGAGCAGAGGGCAGUUGCAACUUUUUUACUGUUUCUCCAAAUAAACAGUUGUUAUCCUUUUUACGGGCUCUUGUGAACUUCCUUAAUCAUGUCUACACUCUACAUACUCAGGUUCAAAUCCCACCUCCUUUGUUUCCAUGCUGUGUGACCUCAGGCAAGUUACUUCCUUUCUGGACUCAUUUAUUCUUUGGUAAAUUGGAAGUUGGCAUAAUGCCUACUUUGUGGAGGACUUUGAUUUGCCAUAUGUAAGCGAAGCAAACAUUAGCUGUGGCCCUGCCCCUGGCUCACAGGACUAAGGGAACUCGGGUGAGAAGGAAAUAUGUGGAUGAAAAGUGCACAGCGCCACCCUGGGAAGACGGCCGUCUAAUUGAAAACUCUUUUUUUGUUGUUUGUUUUGAGACAGGGUCUCGUGAUGUAGUCCUGAUUGUCAUGGAACUCUAUAUAG